AUGGCGCGCCUGGCGCUGCUGCCGGCAGGGCGAGUACAGGAUCACCUGGAGACUUCUGGUCCUCGCCGCUUGCGAUCACUGGAAGUUCUGCCUUGUGCUUUGCCCUGGGCCUUUACAGGAGUCGCUCCUCGCGCACCCCGCUCUCGCCCCCGAGUGCUGGGCGUUGGCGCAGACGCGAUGUGGGCAAGUGCGGAGGUGACCGAAGUAGCCCCUUGGGUUGUGGCUGCCGCUGCGCUGGUGUCACUGGUGGGUGCGAUUCAGGGCCUACGACGAGGUGCUUUGAAGAAGGAGUUGUUGGAGCUCAUCAGCACCACCCAACGUGGCAGUGACGAGUCCCAAAACGCGGAGGUUCAGAGACUGUUCACCGACCUGGAAGGCUUGAGCCCCAUCAGCGAGCCUUUGUCGAGUGAUGAGUUGCGUGGUGACUGGGAGCUCGUGUGGACGACCAGCGCUGCCAUCUUGGGACUGGGACGACCGGGCUUCUUAAAGCCCCUCGAGGAUCAGCCCAUCCUUCAGUUCCUGGACCCCCAGGCUGGAGUGGCUCGGAAUUUGGAGUUCACACCUCUAGGGUGCAAUCGGGUGGAUGCCAGCAUUGUGCCUUUGGGGCCGGGACAGCGAGAGGCUUUUGUAAGUCGUCUCGACGACUUCCUUCUCUUCAAGCAGGGCGCGGAAGAGAAGCCUGGAGGAAGUUACCUUCCUCAGGCGGAGGGUCUCGAGAAGACGACGGUGGGCGUCCGCUUCAAGACCUUCACGUUGUUUGGGCUCAUCCCUGUCCCAGCCCCCGAGAACGCCACGGGCAUCCUACAGGUGACCUACUUGGACGAUGACCUUCGUCUCAGCCGAGGAGAUCGCGGGAAUCUCUUUGUCUUGAAGAAAGUGAGUUCCGAGCUGAGUGCCUGA